CAUCAUGGCGGCCGCCAGAGGCCAGUCCAGCGUCCCGGAAGCAGGCUGCGAGGGGCGGGCACGCUGCUGGAACCCGAGAGCUGCGGGAGCCAGAGCGGGGAGGGCUGCCCGGCGGCCUGGAGCCGGACCUGUCCGGAACGUCCCCGCAGCCCGGGGCAGCAGGUCGUCCGGGGGCCCACCAUGCUUGUGACUGCUUACCUAUCUUUUGUGGGCCUCCUGGCCUCCUGCCUGGGAUUGGAGCUGUCAAGAUGCCGGGCUAAACCCCCUGGAAGAGCCUGCAGCAAUCCCUCCUUCCUUCAGUUUCAAUUGGACUUCUAUCAGGUCUACUUCUUGGCCCUGGCAGCUGACUGGCUCCAGGCCCCUUACCUCUACAAACUCUAUCAACAUUACCAUUUCUUGGAAGGUCAAAUUGCCAUCCUCUAUGUAUGUGGCCUGGCUUCCACAGUCCUCUUUGGCCUAGUGGCCUCCUCCCUUGUGGAUUGGCUGGGUCGCAAGAAAUCUUGUGUCCUCUUCUCCCUCACUUACUCUCUAUGCUGCUUAACCAAACUCUCUCAGGACUACUUUAUAUUGCUGGUGGGCCGAGCACUAGGUGGACUGUCCACUGCACUCCUUUUCUCAGCUUUUGAAGCCUGGUACAUCCAUGAGCAUGUGGAUCGGCACGACUUCCCUGCUGAGUGGAUCCCAGCUACAUUUGCCCGAGCAGCCUUUUGGAACCAUGUGCUGGCUGUUGUGGCAGGUGUGGCAGCUGAAGCCGUGGCUAGCUGGAUGGGCCUGGGGCCUGUAGCACCCUUUGUGGCUGCCAUCCCCCUCCUAGCUCUGGCUGGGACGUUGGCCCUCCGAAACUGGGGAGAGAACUAUGACCGGCAGCGUGCCUUCUCAAGGACCUGUGCUGGAGGGCUGCGCUGCCUCCUGUCGGACCGUCGAGUGCUACUGCUGGGCACCAUACAAGCCCUGUUUGAGAGUGUCAUCUUCAUUUUUGUCUUCCUGUGGACACCUGUGCUGGACCCACAUGGAGCCCCCUUGGGCAUUGUCUUCUCCAGCUUCAUGGCAGCUAGCCUGCUAGGGUCUUCCCUGUACCGAAUCGCUACCUCCAAGAGGUACCACCUUCAGCCCAUGCACCUGCUCUCUCUUGCUGUCCUCAUUGUCGUCUUCUCUCUCUUCAUGUUGACUUUCUCCACUAGCCCAGGCCAGGAGAGUCCAGUGGAAUCCUUCAUUGCCUUUCUGCUUAUCGAGUUGGCCUGUGGGCUAUACUUUCCCAGCAUGAGCUUCCUGCGGAGGAAAGUGAUCCCUGAGACAGAGCAAGCUGGUGUACUCAACUGGUUCCGGGUGCCACUGCAUUUACUGGCCUGCCUAGGACUCCUUGUCCUCCAUGAUAGUGAUCGAAAAACAGGCACUCGGAACAUGUUCAGCAUCUGCUCUGCUGUCAUGGUGAUGGCUCUGCUGGCAGUGGUGGGACUCUUCACCGUGGUAAGGCACGAUGCCGAGUUGCGGGUGUCCUCAUCCACUGGGGAGCCCUAUGCCUCGGAGCUCUAACCCUGUUUAGGACAAGGGAUCUGGGAUGGAAUCUUGAAUCCCUCAUCUUCAGGGUUGUACAGAACUCUGUGACUCAUUUUGUGACUCUGUUCUGCCACCCCUCCUGCUUUUGUGUUGGGAUGGACAUGGGGUGAUGGACUCAAAGGACGGUGCCAAAAGUUGACUCGGUGUUACUCCCUGUGCCCUUGCCAUUUAAAAAUAAACAUUUUUAGUGGA